AAAUGCUUCGAUUAAAGGAAUAAAUAAUUCGCUGUGAAAGAAGUGCUUGAUUUUCAAUGAAAAUUCUUUAUUCCAUAUCGAGAGUAAAUUUGCGCGCGCGAUUUCUAACCUAUAAGUUAAGGAACGAACGAAUUUUUCCCGCGCGAUAAUACUCACGUGUAUAUUCCCGCCAAUGAAUCCUUAUAUAAUCCUUUCAUACAUGCGUUACUUAUCACAGAUUAAAAAACGAUUAGAAGCGAAAACGUAUUUCCACGUUCGAUAAUCAACACUGAACGUUUCCCCACUCGGUUUCCCCGUUGCAAUGCACCUGUUCUUUCGCCGCCAAAAUUUUACAACGAUAGUAUCGAAUUGCAUUAAUCGAAAUAAGAAGUUACGUCGAGUAUUUCGAUUUGGUCUAAGGGCCAAUCAGCGUCGAGGUUUGGCCGUACUAUCGAAAUAUCUCGAAGUAUUUCGAGCAAUCGGCUUUCGCGUCUCGCAAUUCUUAACCACGCUUAGUUUGGGUCGAUUGAAAAAAAGAUAGAGCGAGAAUAUUCCGCCAAAAAUGAAUUCCGGCAUGGUGGAGCACACGAGACUCGGUCAGGAGGAUAUCGAGAAUUCCGAGGAAUUUUCACCGCCAGAGAGGUCAGUCGAUUUAUUCGCUUUUUCUUUCCUAUGAAAUAAUUCGCUUGGAUUAUUGGUCGAACCGUUUGAAAAACGAGAAAUCGACGUUCCUCGCGGCGUACCCUUAUUUUCUUACCUGUUGCUUUUAAGGGGGAGGGGGAUACAGGUGUACGCCCGCACUAGCGCGUACCAAGUAAGGUUAAAAACCUUUGCUUCACGUUUUUACUCUCUCCGAAUAGAAAGGAAUUUCGAUAUAAAGAAUCUUUGGGUAUCGAGUUCGUUCCUUUGCGAAAAGUGCGACCGUUAUCCCGUAGUUUACGUUUAAAUUUCAUCGGGAUUACGUGCACUGUGUGACCUCUGAAAAAAUGCAUUUAUUUUUAAUUCACGCUUCGAAUUAUUUUAUUCGUUCGUUCGAUGAGACAUACGAUCCCUUUGGACCGAUCGUUCUAUCCCUCUCGACGUAUCCCGAUCGUACUGCGAUAUUCUCUUGAUGUAUCUGUGACUUGUACGUUUCUAUAAAUCGCGCUCGCGAGUACCCAUAUUAUUGACCUUUUUUUUUUCUAUUGUUGUCAACUCAUUGUGUACCGGGAUACAGUUCACUUCGGUCGUAUCAGAUGUGUCUGAGCUUUUCCUUUUCUAAACAGCCUUUCGUUACUUUCAAGUGAAACUCUACGAGCUUAAGAUGAGCCAACAAACGUCCUCUUCACCAUGGUGGAGCAGUAAACGAGUACGUAUGGAUGAUGGCUGUAAUAACUUAAAUAGCACAUUUAAUAGUACGUCAAAGAAUAGUACAAGAUGGUCUUACACUGCCGAUAGUAGUCUCGUCGAGCCAGAAAUAUUAGAAGACAUGGGUGUUAGUAUGCUGGAGGACGAAGCAAUCAACUGUGAUAACGUUAACAAAGUACAGUCGCCGGAUUGUAUUAUUCCGCUAAAUAAUGCGGAUAAUAAUAAACGGUUACCAUUGAAUGAUAACGGCAUUUACGAAUCGGAAGAGAAACCUCUGUACAGAGAUUCUAGUUUUGAAACUGCCAGUAUCGAAAGGCUAGAACAGGAUCCGUAUGAUAUGGACAAUCCAUGCAAUUAUGGACAUACGAAUGAAUCUGGUUAUGGUUCAAGGGUGGAGGUUGAAGCAUUUGGAGAUACUAAAGAUGACUAUGGUAAAGAAAAAUUAAAUGCUUCCUCAAAUAAGGAUAGUUUAGAUCAUUUUUACUUGUAUAGAAGGAAAAGAAAAUUGUCGCAUGGAGGAGACGACGAAUUCAACAAACUAUCCGAUGAAAUGAUUUUAAUGAUAUUCAGAUGGUUACCUAAGAAAUGCUUGGUACGUUGCAUGUUAGUUUGUAAAAGAUGGUGCCAAAUAGCACGAGACGAAGCGUUAUGGAGUAGACUGGAUUUAGGUAGUAAAGUUUUAAACGAAGGAACGCUGGAACAUAUAUUGCCACGCGGCGUUCAAAUUUUAAGGCUUGCUCAGGCUGAAAUUGCAGAUCCUAUAUUUAAAGACAGCACUGAAGUUUUAAGUAGUAAUUAUGUCUGUAAACUACAAUAUUUGGAUCUUUCUAUGGCAGUAAUAUCGGCGGACGGUUUAGCAAAUUUAUUAUCUAAAUGCAAAUAUUUAAAAAAAUUAUCCUUGGAAAGUUGUAUUUUGAAUAUGGCAUGCUGUAAUGCGAUAAGUUUAAAUAUUGACAUGACGGUGUUGAAUUUAGCUAUGUGCGAAGGGCUAGAUCUUGAAUGUGUUACAGAUUUAAUUAAACUUAGAAGCUUAACUGUUCUCAAUGUGGCAUGGUGUUCGUUGGAUGCAGAGUCUGUCUCUCUGUUGUGUAAAUCACUUCCGCCUUCCCUUACACGCUUGAAUAUAUCCGGAUGCCGAAAAACUAUGACAGACGAUAAUAUCAAAGAUUUGGUCAAAUCUUGUCCGGAGAUCGUAGAAUUAGAUUUAAGCGAUUGCACGCUACUUACCAUGAAUACAGUUCCUAAUCUUUUAAAUUUUUCUAAAUUGGAACACUUGUCGUUAAGUCGCUGUUACAGUAUACCACCGUCAACUUAUAUUAGAUUAGCUUAUAUGCCAUGUCUGAUGUAUUUGGAUGUAUUUGGUUUGAUGUCGGAACCAAUGCUAAAAUCUGUACAAUCUAAUUGUGGGGAAACUGAAAUUAAUAAGUUCCUAUACAGUUCUGUCGCAAGACCAACAGUUGGCGUUCGAAGAACAAGUAUCUGGGGUCUUAGAGUUCGAGACUGAGAUCGAUAAAACGGUGAUACAAUUAUAUAAUUCUAGCAGAAAGUCAAUGUUACGAAUAACACGAUAAAGUUAAUAUGAAAUUGUAUAGAAGGUUUUAUUUUUAUAGUAAUACUGGCCUUCGUUGUGAGACUGAUCAUAUUAUUAAAAAAAAAAAAAAAUAAAUAAAUAAAUAAAUAAAUAAAUAAAAAAGAUAAAAAAGAAGAAGAAAAGAAAAAAAAGAAACUAAUAUGAUAAGCACGCUUAUUCGAAUCACUAACUGUACGUAAUUCACUAAUUCAGAUCUCUUUCUCAGAUGUCCCUUUUUUUAAGGUGAACUACAUCUUCAUUUUAGUAUUACUAAAAUUAGAUUAUAUAUAUUUUGCAUAAUAGGGGAUGCUCUGUAUAUAACAAUUCAUGAUUUACUGUAUGCUCAUAUAUAUGUGUUUAUAUAUAAAUAUGCGGCAUACAGGUGUUCAUCAAGUGUGAUCGUAUUUAACUAAUAAUUAUUGUAUUGUAUGGUAUGCAUUGUAAAAGAAUAAAAGAUUUAUAUAAUUUUA